GCAGCAGCAGCAGCAGCAGCUGCUGCAGAGAGGACGAACACUCUGCAGUCAAGAUGAAUACUGCCGGGGAUGUGGUUUGCACUGGCUGGCUCAUUAAAUCUCCCCCGGAGAAGAAACUCAAGAGAUUUGCAUGGAGAAAACGUUGGUUUGUCCUGCGAAGAGGUCGCAUGAGCGGUAACCCCGACGUGCUGGAGUACUACCAAAGUAAGAACUCCAAAAAGCCCAUUCGCACCAUUGACCUGAGAGAGUGCCAGGUUGAAAUGCUGAACGGGCAGCUGGGCAUAAAACGAGACUUCCAAGAGAAGCACCUGUUUGUGGUCAAGACCUCCGCUCGAAUGUUCUACCUGGUGGCCAAGACUGAAGAGGAGAUGAACAGCUGGAUCAGAAGCAUCAGUCGCAUUUGCCACUUUGGCAAUCAGGAGGACGCGGGGAGUUUAGAAGAAGGAUUUCCUCACACUCCGACAUCUCUUCAGCCGUCAAGUGACACCUCUGACCAAGUGUCCAGUCACCCCCCAGAUUAUCUCAUCCUUUCACAAUGUGGGACGGGGAGCGAAAGCAUUUGUAGGCAUGGCAGCCUUUCAAACUCGGAGAGCUGUUUGAAGCAGAAGGCAACUGAAGAUAUUGUGCCUUCACCUCCUUGUAGUGAUUCUUCAUCAUUACACUGCAUUUCCCAGUUCCGCCUCAGUCCAUCACCUAUAAGACACGGGAGGCCGGCCAAUCCUCCUCUUAGCGCUCCGUGCACGGCGGCGCCCUCCUCUUCAUCUCCGCUUCAUCUCUGCGCCAUGAGCGUCUUCCAGUUUGACAGACCGUAUUCUUGUGCGUCAUUUGAGGCCGCCAACGACGGGCAAACACCUCCUCCGCUGCCACCUAAGCCUAACCAUCUGUCGGACGGAGGCAUUCGCAGGCCGAGGGCAAUGAGUGCGCGGCAUUUCCCCAAACAUCUCGCUUUACUUUCCCGGAGAACAUCUUUGUCAAGCCUGGACCAUUUUACAAUAGGAGAUGCUGACAACAGAUCAUCAGGGAACAGAAGGCAGACUCUUCAUUUGCAGUCCUAUAUAAACACCACAUGGGUUCAACACCAGGAAGAGGACUCCUACAUCCCCAUGCUUUCUCCAUCCGAAGGUGACGGUUACAUCCCCAUGAAUCCCGUCAGCGUGCCCGAAACAAAGGGCAAAGGCAAGGUCACCAAGACUCUCAGCCCUCUGUGCCAAGCAGGAGAAUGUGGACCUCCUCCGAUACACCGCCAUCUCAAACCUUGCUUGAGGAGAGCUCGACCACCACCACUUGACUUGAGAGGCCUCUCUACAAUCACCGAAUGUCCCGCUCAUCAUUCUUUCAACAGAACCAAGACUGAACUGUGUUUCAGUUUUCCUGGAAAGGGUGUACCUCAUGAAGAAAGUCUUGGAAAUGAAGGCAACCCGGGAGACGAAGAUCCAUAUGGCCCCACAACGGAGUCAAGGCAACACGUCGACGGAGCCGUUCAACAUUGGGCGAGAAAGUCAAACCUCGACUACUUGUCGCUGGAUUUCAACUCGGCUUCUCCUUCUCCUGUACAGAAGAAGCCUCUUCUUUUUGACGAAGACCGCGUGGAUUACGUUCUGGUGGACGAGAAGAAGACUCAGGCACUACAAAACACCAAGAUGGAGUGGACAGAUGUCAGACAGUCCAAAACAAUGGUGGAGCAGUCACAAUGAAAAUAUCCGGCACAUUUGGUUGCUUUGAUAUUAUUGGAAAGGCUUCGGCAUCUUGAACUUGCACUGGAAAAAUAACAGUAAAUCUGUUGUAUGGGUUCAUGUUGAUUGAAAACGUAGCAUCUUUGAAAAGACUUCAUCAUGGAAGAUAUUUUAAGAAUAAAAGGUGUAUGCACUGGAGUUUUCUCAUGCACUGUGUCAUGACCUGACUAACGUCUCAGUUUGACCGAAGGAAGUCUUGGGGAAGUGAAACAAAUCUGGGACAACGGCAGCAUGGAAAAACAGAAAAACAUUGACGACAGCAACAGACUCAAAGGAGCAAAAAUAUUACCGAUUCACAGUCUUGUUUAAGAUAACUGUUUCAUGUUUGAAAUUAAAAAUAUUUUUACUUUUUAAUUGUACAGUGCUGGCCAAAAGUAUUGGCACCACUGUAAUUCUUUCAGAUAAUGCUCCGUUUCUCCCAGAAAAUGAUUGCAAUUACAAAUGCUUUGGAAGUAAUAUUUUCAUUUAUUUUGCUUGCAAUGAAAAAACACAAAAGAGAAUGGGGGAAAAAAUCAUGAUCAUUUUACACAAAAUUCAAAAAAUGGGCAGGACAAAAGUGUUGGCAGCCUUUGAAAAAUCAUGUGAUGCUUCUCUAAUUUGUGUCAUUAACAGCACCUGUUACCUGUGGCACGUAACAGGUGGUGGCAAUAACUAAAUCACACUUGCAGCAAGUUAAAUUGGAUUAAAGUUGACUCAACCUCUGUCCUGUGUGUACCACAU